AUUUAUCUAUUUCUUCAAGUCAACAAAUAGUCCCGGUUUUCUCUAGCACGAAGUAUCCUCUGCUCCUCUUUCUUUCUCUCUCAUCUUCUCACUUUCUUCUUUCCCUGGUAACCAUAUAUGAUGGGUGGAAGUGCGAUAGAUGAUGAUUGGGAGUUUACCCCACUCUCCAACCGAGUCAGGACUGUGGUUUUAGUUGGACGUACGGGCAAUGGGAAAAGUGCUACUGGCAAUAGUAUUCUUGGAAAAAAGUCCUUCAAGUCAAGGGCUAGCUCAUCUGGGGUUACUAGUACUUGUGAAUUGCAGAGAACAGUGCUCAAAGAUGGGCAAAUUGUGAAUGUCAUUGAUACUCCUGGGUUGUUUGAUUUUUCAGCUGGAUCUGAAUUCAUUGGAAAAGAAAUUGUCAAAUGUAUUGAUCUUGCCAAGGAUGGAAUCCAUGCAGUUCUUGUUGUUUUCUCGGUUAGGACCCGCUUUUCUCAAGAAGAGGAAGCUGCAUUGCAUAGUUUGCAGACUUUGUUUGGAAGCAAAAUUGUCAAGUACAUGAUUGUAGUGUUUACUGGUGGGGAUGAGCUUGAAGAAAAUGAAGAAACAUUGGAAGAUUAUUUGGGUCGUGAGUGUCCACAGCCAUUAAAGGACAUUCUAGUUCUUUGUGAAAACCGACUUGUACUUUUUGACAACAAGACUAAGGAUGAAACCAAGAGAGUAAAACAAGUACAGGAUCUUCUAUCACUUGUGAACAUGGUCAUAGCGCAGAAUGGUGGCCAACCUUAUUCUGAUGAGUUGUUUGUGGAACUGAAGAAAGGGGCAAUGAAACUCCGUGAUCAACAAGAAGAGGUUGCUGCAUUAAAAGGCUACUCCAAGCGAGAAAUAUCUGAGUUUAAGGAGCAGAUUGAAAGAUCAUAUGAAGAGCAGCUUAUGCGAAUUACUGAGAUGGUCGAGUCAAAGCUGAAGGAGACAACUGCCAGGCUCGAGCAGCAGUUAGCAGAGGAGCAGGCAGCGCGGCUGAAGGCUGAAGAGAUGGCACAGCUAGCUCAAAUGAAAUCAAAUGAUGAAAUUCGCAAGCUCAGAGAGAAUCUAGAAAGAGCACAGAGAGAGACUGAGGAGCUCCGGAAGCAAGCUGCCCGAUGUGCCAUCCUCUGACUUAGGUAUUGAUGAAACUGUUAAAAUUGUGUGGAAUGCCUCACCCUUCUGGCCCACCUCUUUAUUCUUAACCUGUUGGUUUGAACUUUGUGUGUGACUGCAAAUAUAUAUAUGUACAAAUUCAAUCUUUUAAAAAUGCUAUAAUAUUUAAAUUCUGAGUAAAUGACCAUCGUUCUCUAAAUUCAGCUUGUCUUAUUAA